AUGGAUCCGCUCUCCAUCUUUGGAGCCGUCGCGGGCGGCAUCUCGGUCACAUCCGAGAUCGUCAAGGCCCUCGACAAGGCCAUCUCGACGGCCUCGAGGGUCAACGAUGCCCCCGACCUCGCUGUAUCGACACUCCGCGACGUCUCGAUGAUGCGUCUCACCAUGAUACGCUUCCAGCAGCUCUUCGACUCGCAGAGACUUGACACCCAGAGGGGCAUCCACUUCUCCCUCGAUGACGCCCAGAAUGUUUUUCUCGGUUGCGUUACGUCGCUCGAUCAACUCGAGAACCUGUUGAGGCCGCUCUCUGAUCCCCGGCUGCAGGGCCUGGAUAUGAGUGGUCGACUGGAAUGGGCCAUGAAAGACAGGCGAAUCAACCAGCUAGCCCAGCGUGUGCGAGAUGCUCAAGCGUCGCUGAAUUUGAUGCUUACCAUAAUGCAACACGAGUCCCUCAUUGAAGCCCGUGAAGCCAUUGCCGACCUAUCGGAGAUUUGCAAGAGAAUCGCCCCAAACGUCGCCCAUCUUAAGGGCAGAAGCAUCGAAUCUAUCCCGAGCGUUCGAAGCGUCCAAAGCGACGAUGCAUCCACCAUCAGACCAGCGCCUUCCAAGAGGCCCGAAUCCAUCGCCAUCCCCAGUCCCCAAAGCGACGCCCUCAGCUCCCGAUUUGCCUUUGAAGAGACGCUGGAAGCAUCCAGGCCCUAUCGAAGGGUCCCGAGCGGUGUUGACGAAGUCUUUUCCUAUCGGUCCUCAGUGCUGAACAUGCGUGCCCUUUCGCUGCUCUCGAAGCUCUCGGCGCGCAGCCUGGGCAACAUGUCGACAAUGUCGUUUGUGGCCCUGCCCAUCUUCUGCAACGAUCUAUCCAACCCUCAACACUACACAUUUGGCGACGGCAACGAUGCUGAUAAGCAACCGGCCUCGGCCGUCAACCUCAAAUUCCCCUCGCCGCCUCCAAACCGACCUUUACCACCAACACCAUCCUUGACUCCUCCCACAACACCACAAAGUCCUUCUCCGUCAAUAAAGGCCAGCGUGUGGGGGUCGUUUAUGGCCAUGAGGAAGCCAGUGCAAAGAGAAAUUCUCCCUCACAGUCCAGCCGGCAAGACAGCUGUCAGCAUUGGGAAACAUAUACCUUCGAUGGAACAGCUGAGCCAGCUGCAACUAAACACCAGCGAAUGGCACCUUUGCCAUGGCGUAGGGGGGCUACCUUGCCGCGGCGCAAUCGACAUGUCACUUUGUCAAGAGUUCCCAUCAGAACAACUCUACACUUCCCAGAUAGACCUAGCCAGCUCCAAAGGCUUCCUCGACCAAUUCUACUGCAAAGGAUGCGAGUCAACUUUGGCCGACAUCGUCUCGGCGAGACGACCAGGAUGGUCGUCAUUUGAGCUCUGGUGUGGCUCAGGAGCUUGCCUCGGCGCCAACCCUGACUUGAAGCUGUGUACUAGAUACGCACGCGACCUCAAGGCUGGCUAUACAAUAGACGGCUUCCUGGGAUACCGCAAUCUCGCUAGGAACGAGGUCAAGUGCGCCCGAUGCUUCUUCCUCUGUCCUGCCUGCGAGAUGAAGAGGCGAGAAGUCGACGGGAGCAGUCUACUCCAGUCUGGUCAAGACGAUAUCAAGGACGAAAAGGAUGCAGAGGCGCCUGACGACGGACUUUGCUCAAUACUGGACGAGUUCUUGCCCCCUCGGGGACGCACAUUUGAAUAUCCUGACACACCAACAACAUCGGAUUCUGAAGACAGCUCCUCACAACCGGGUCAACGCACUCAAUCGCCCCAAGAGGAACGGGGCGUAUCCGAACCUGCUGUGGCUAUACUCGAAGAGAACCAAGGCGCCCUAGAGUUGGAGAGAGAAAUUCUUUCCACCAGGGGGGAUACAAAGGCAGAUUGGGGCAUCAAAAUUGAGUAUCCGGGCGUCCACUUUCACGGGGAACACAGUAAUCCCACCGGUUCUCUUGCUCUGGCGUUCCAGGGAACCAGAUAUCCGAGGCCCCCUUUCCAUGAGGCACGCAGCAGUCCGACGGGCUCUCUGGCUCUGGUAUUCCAGGCAUUCAGUAGCCCGGCUUUGCGUCCGGAGGUCUACACGGAUGAGGACACAACGACAGUGCCAUCGCCAAGAGACACCGAGGAUGAUAUGUCUGACUUUCAUGGCUUUCUACCGGAAGAGUUAUUAUUAUUCUAUAAAGAGCUGGAUGAGGUAAUAGAAGAGUCGGGGGGCAUUUGA